AUGGCGCCCCCCAGAUGGACAAGCGCAGAGCAGUUACUCUGGCUGCAGAAUGAGAUGCCUGGAUACUUGCAGAUGCAAAAAGAAAAGAAAUUGCCUCGAUUCUUCGAUUCAUUGUUCCCAAGGUGGUUUAGCGACUUUCCAGAAGAGACAGAACUAAAUGGCAGCCCACCUUGUGAUGAGAACGCUGGCAUAAAUGAGCCCAGCAGUGCAGGCAUCGAGUCCGUUAUCGACACAGCCCAGCUCGAUUCUAUAAACACACCCGAUUUAGUCGAACAAGAAGACAGCCAGUCCAACUCACCUCCAAUGGGAGCGGCAGAACGACGCAAAAAAUUGCGGGAAUGGUUCCGAAAUAACUCAAAGGGAAAGACAACACCUGGUGGCAGCUCAACUGGUAGAGCCCUGUCUGUACUACUUGGCCAGCGCGCACGAGGUACUCGAGACCUCAAAGAGAUUGAAGUGUAUUCCAAACUGCACUAUGAGUCAAAAGUCAAACCGUUGGUUGAAGACGCUCUUAAAAAUAAUAUUGUGCAACCUACCCAAAGGCUUAGUACGGUUCGGCUACACACCACUGAAUGCUUUGCAGAAGAGUCAGAAGAAGUUAAGAAAGAAAUUCGGGAGGAGACUGUACGUCUCAAUGCUUCCAGAAGAUUGGGCGAUGUUGAGGGUCAGCAUCCGAGAACAAAGGAAGAAGUUUAUCGGACAAUUCAAGAGCUGCCUUUGAUUCUAGGUCAAGUUUUCGAGGAACUCUCAGCAUUGACAGGUGACAUCAUGACGUUGAGUUACCACCAUGGUAAAACCGCAGAUGGUCUGAGCUUCAAGGCGUCUACCCCAAACUUCCAUGAACAGUAUCUAUUACCAUUUGAACGACACCUUGGAUACAUCCAUGGUCCAUCUUCGAAGUGUAUAUCAGCACCCUCAUCUACCCCGACCUCGUCUCAUCUUGCGCCCGUUGGCCUCAUCUCACUGGACGAAUUUCCGAACGAGUCCUCACUUGGAGAGAAUGUGAUAUCCGGGCCUGUGGUUGGUCCUUCUCUGUUGCAAGAACCGGGGGACUUAGUGUUGAAUCCUUACAUCAACCUGGACUUCGGUGGGUCUGUGGGAGCGAACGAACAUGGUGACUGGUUGAUGCACACUAGUAGCAGUGACCCAAACCUCCCAUCUCCCCAUAACAUGACAGACACGCCAAUCACUGCUUGGAGAAAGUCAAUGGCGCUCAACGAAGACCCGCUCGCAUCCCCCACCUUUAAUCGCAUUCAACAACGAGGUUUGAGCGCAGUGGGUCCAUCAGCCGAAGCAGUCCCUCCUUUCCUACCUCAUCCAUUGUCACUGCUUCAUACCACCCUCUUGCCCCAGCCUUCUUCGUUCUUUGUGUUUCCUGCACUCGAGGAGGUCGACGCGCUGCCCACGCUCCAACACCGUGAUCCAUUAGCGUUUAACCAGCCCAUGUUGAAUUCAGGGCCACGCUCACCUCCAGACCAACCGAUUCCGUUACCUUUGUCCCCGCUUGUAUCCACAGCCUCCAAGUCACCGCAUUCCAAGUCUGUUGAACAUCAACCUUCGCCGGCGUCUCACCAGCCAACUCAUCAACCUAAUUCGGAGGCGAUGACAGUGUCUGUUGACUGUCAAUCUUCGCCAGCUUCUCACCGGCCGACGCCUCACGACAUUGUAGGUGUUUCUGCUGAUGAUCAUCCUCAACCCAAUUUGGAGGUGAGGACAGUGUCUUCAUUACCUACCGCUGCCUCUGGCAGACGCUCGGGACGCGCACCACAUCCUUCUACGCGAGCUGAUGGAGCCAAUAAAAUUGGUGGCCAUAACUCACAACGUGAAACAAAGCUUGCACCAAAGAGGAAGCUGACUGAAGUCCAGCGUGGUGUUGGAGGGUCGAAGAAAAGGUCUCGGAAGUAG